UUGAAAACAAGUCAACAAUGAGAAGGGAAUUUUUUAUAUAAUAUAAAAACAUAAUUGGAUUAAUUAGAACCCCUACAAAUAGGGUCAAGAAAGUACGACGGUUGUGUAUCCUUUCGAGUACUUUUAAAGCACUCUUCAAGACUCUCUCUUUUCUCUGCCUCUCUCAAUGGCACUUGCAAACUCAUCUGUACAUGAAGCCGAUGGCAUGGACAAAGCUGGUGGAUAUAUCAAGUCUUUACCCAUUGCUACCCAUGACACUCCAAAUGCUACCUUUCUCUUCCGAAACACCACGAAUUACCAACUCGAUCACCAUCAGCAGCAGCAGCAGCAACUGCCUCAGUCUCUCAUCAACUUCAAGUGUGGGAUUGACAAUAUCUUCCAUAAGAACAAUGAAUCUUUGCUGAGCUUUGAGCCACAAGGGGUUUGUCAAGACACUUACAAUUGGGAUGAUCACCAGCGUUUGAUGGAAGAUCCCAAUUGCUUUCAAACAGCUACCAAUGGUUAUAGCUCUCCAAAAGAGAACAAAAAUGGUGACGGGUCUGUGUAUGAUUGGCUUUACUCUGAAGCAACUGGUGUUUCUGAUGGCAUUCAGGAAGCUGAAGGAGCUCACGAGAUUGCCAAUCAAAAGCGACCUCAUAUGGGAGAGAGCAGUGGGAGUGUUAGUAAGAAGCAAUGCACAGCAGCUGCAGCUAAGAAGCAGAAACCCAAAUCAUCAACAGCGAAGGAUCCACAGAGCAUUGCAGCCAAGAAUCGACGAGAGAGGAUUAGCGAGCGGCUGAAGAUACUUCAAGAAUUGGUUCCCAAUGGCUCCAAGGUUGAUUUGGUAACAAUGUUGGAAAAGGCAAUUAGUUAUGUAAAAUUUCUUCAACUACAAGUGAAGAUCCUAGCUACAGAUGAGUUUUGGCCAGUUCAAGGUGGGAAAGCUCCUGAUAUAUCCCAAGUUAAGGAAGCCAUUGAUGCUAUUCUUUCAUCUCAAAGAGAAAGAAGUUCAAGCUCAAACAGUCAAAAGUGAUGGAAUCAGUACACAAUUUGUAUGAUAACAAUUUAGAGCUCUCAAUAAUUCAAACCCAUGAAUCAAUAAACCAUUCUGAUAAAGAAAU